AAGCUACCUCUGGGGGGUAAUCUGUUUUCGAAUUCUAACUGUACUGUAUUAUUCCAUAGUCCCCAUAAUUAUUGUGUUCCGAUGAUCCGACAUGCUUGCCCCGCCUACUUUCCGUUUCGGUUCUUUCACUCUCCCUAAAGCCUUCGUACUAGGAUGUCAGUCACUUACAUUGACAGGUGCGCUAGGCUAUAGAGAGCCAAAUAAAAAAUAGCUUUUCCUACUAAUUACCUUGAACCUUCGGGGUGCUUCAUGUCUUUACCGAUUAGCUGAGAGAAUUCACCUAGAGGGGAAAGCAAUAUGAGCCCUUGAUCGAACAAAACGAUAUGAUUUCGGAAAAGAGAAAGCGCUCUGGAUCUUCUCCCAGGGCCGCUUCUCCGGAAAGUCGUGCCUUUCUCUUUGCUUUUGUCACCGAGCAUACCGAAUCCCAGAACAGAAGCCAUGCAAUGCGACAACACUGGAAACGUCGGCGUCAAAGCAAGAAUGAUGCAAAUCUUCACAGUAUCCGACCAGUUCUUUUGUCUAAAUCUACACUAGUCGCUGGCGAUAUCAAUAAUGCCGACUCGAACGACGGUAGUGACUGUCAGCGUCGCUGGGCGCUGGGACAGCAAACAUGCCAGGGGGAUGACUUUAAAACGACAUAUGACCCUAGAUACGAGCCGUUUCGGUAUAUUUUCAACCAUCUAACUAUAUCCAGUCGCAUUCUCUCUUCCGGACUCAAUCCUUUCUGCAACACUCCAAUCCCGUUGACACGUCAGCACCGUAUGCUACUACACCACUGGAUAGUCAGUCAUGCACAAAUGAUAUCCGUGGAGCAAAGCGCUUCUGGAUUUAAUCCCGUCAGGGAUAUCUGGUUCCCAAUGGACCUUUCUAACGCUUCAUCAUUCAAUCUCCUAAUGGCUCACUCAGCUUCUCAGAUGGCUUAUGCUCAUACUAAAGCGAGCCCAUGGAGAACGAAAUACUGCAUCGAUGCUUUAACUUACAAGACAGAAGCAAUAAGUCUCCUUAAUGUGUGGAUGUCAGACUCGCAAAAGGCAAUAAGCGACAACGCUUUUGCGGCUGUUCUCCGACUACUUACAUUUGAAGAGUAUUUUGGAACAGACGAAGAAUGGCACCGUCACCGUCGAGGAUUACAGAAAAUGAUCGAAGUCAGAGGAGGUUUCAACAAACCUAACGACGACUGGCGCCUGUAUCAUCUCAUAUACCUCCAUUCCAUCAUGACUGAACCUUCAUGGUUCAACACAAAUAACAAUAUUUUCGGGUUACGCAGCGAGACCAGCUCUCUAGACGUGCCCAUUGAUCUGCAGAAAAUUCGCUCCUUAUGGCUGGUCUCGUUUAUCUAUGACCUAAAAUUAUUUGUUCAACUUCCGUUCUGGCUCGGUGCUACAAGAAGCCCGAGAUAUCCUUCUCUGUAUGGGGCCCUCUUUUCCCUUAGAAACAGGUCUCUGCCUGAAGACUAUGAUGGGUCCCACAAUACCCACUCCUCAUUUGACUAUGAGAGAAUGAGCUGUCUGUUAUCAAUUGGUGUGAUAGUACAUGACUCGGAUAGUUGGUCGGCUUUCACGUCUACAAGUAUGCCUAUCGAGCUUGCCAUGGCCACUUUUGAUGCAACUCUUGAGAGUUCUCGAGGUGAUUGGGAGAAUUCCAUACAAGCUCUCCGCUCAGCUUUGGAUGAUCAUUUUAUGAAGCAUUACCCAAAUGGUGCGCAAAAGCGGAAUUUUGCUCGUCAAUUGGCUAGGACUGUCCAAGGUUUGGGUGCUGAAGCUACCAGACUGGUUCAAAAUACUCUCCUUUGCAUGCUCCUUCGUGCUGACGAAUAUUGAUAGUGGUUAUCUUGUUUCAUUUAGCCUGUUCAGCCUUUCGAGAUGUGGUGAAGGAGCAACUCUAUAUCAUAUCACAUAUGAAAACAAGCUUUGCAUAAUCAAGCCGUGGAGUCAUUUUGCCUAGACGAUUAGUAGUCAAAGAGGAAGGAG